AUGUUGGCUUCAGCUCUAGAGUUUAGGGAUGUAUUUCCCAGGUAUGGGUACAUUGAUCCUGGGUUUCACUAUGUCCCAAGUGAGUACAAGUGGAUGAAAGUUGAAGAAGUAUGUAAAUUUUUGGGUAUUUUUUAUGAGAUCACCAAUGUUAUUUCUGGAAUCGAUUACCCAACAGCUAACCUUUUUCUUGUAGACUUGUAUAGGAUUAAAGAGCUAUUAAAUGAAAAAGCUCUCAAUUUUUCUGAUCAUAUUAGGUUUAUGACCAAGAGUAUGGCACAAAAAUUUGACAAGUGUUGGGGUGAAAGCAAUAUCUUGAUGUCUUUGGGUGCUAUUCUUGAUCUGAGGUACAAAAUGGUCCUUGUUAAUCAUACUUUCUCAGUUAUUUAUGGAGAGGAUGCAGCCCCUAGGUACAUUGAUGAGAUUAUAUGCAUUCUUUAUGACCUCUAUAAUGAAUAUGUGGAUGCUCACAUCUCAUCUCAUAGUGAGGAACCACAAAGGGAAGCUGGAAAACGAAAACAUGCAGAAAUUACAAGUAAAUCUACCCAAGGGGUUGCUAAAAAGCUUGGAGUUAAUGUUCUAACUGGAAAAGAAAAAUUUCAGAUGAUUGUUAAUGAAAUUGACAAGGCUCCCCCUGAAAAAUCAUAUUUAGAUGUCUAUUUGGAAGAGAGCAUGUAUGUUUGUGAUGCAAAUGCAAAUCUUGAUGUCUUGGGUUGGUGGAAAGGGGAAAGGUGGAGGUUUCCUAUAUUGUCAAGAUUGGCAAGUGAUGCACUCGCUAUUCCAGUUACAACCGUGGCGUCCGAAUCUACUUUCAGUGUUGAUGGUAGAAUAAUAGAUGAUAGGCGUGCUUCUAUGUUUGUUGAAACUGUGCAAAUGCUGCUUUGUGGGAAUGAUUGGAUCUGCAAUCUUCAUGGGUUAAAAAACAAGUCUCGUGAACCAUUCGAUGUUUUCGAAUCAUCUACAAUUGAAAAUUUUGAUCUUUCGGACAUUUGA